AUGGACGAGGAAUACCUCAAUGGCACCGAACGCAUUUUUCCCGCCAGCAGCGGGGAGGUCACGCUCAUUCCAACGCCGACCAAUUCUCCUGAUGACCCUUUGAAUUGGAGUCGCACGAGGCGGUAUUGGCACGCCUUUUUGGUCUUGGUAGUGGUGGCCUUCACGGCCGCCACGUCCAAUGACGCCGGUACCGCGGGAAAUGGCAUGAAUGAACAGCUGGGCAUCUCCUGGGACAACAUCAACAUUGCUGCCGGAGUCUUGUUCGUCGGGAUCGGUUAUUCCACCCUUCUGCUGAGCCCGGCGCCAUUUUUGUAUGGCCGCCGUAUCUCCUAUAUGAUCUGUCUCUUAUGCUCGCUUAUUGGUUCCAUCUGGUUUGCUCGAAUUCAGACUAGCGGCGACAACAUUGGGAGCCAAUUCUUCGUCGGCGUAUCGGAGUCCUGUGCCGAGGCGCUCGCCCAGCUGUCGCUAUCAGAUGUCUUCUUCCAGCACCGACGUGGCCUCGUCCUCGGCCUUUACGUCCUGGCGACCAGUGUCGGGACCUUCAUGGGACCGUUGGUCGCGGGAUUCAUCACCGAUAGCUCCAUUCUGGGAUGGCGGUGGGCCGGCUGGCUGGCUGCAAUCAUUUCGGGCUCCCUGAUUCUCAUAUUAUAUCUAGGGCUAGAAGAGACCACCUUCGAUCGAGAAAGCAUGAUCAUCGGGUUGAACCUGCCGCAACCAAACAAUUCCGUGCCCGCGUCCAAAAUCUCGUUGGAGGAGAAGGGCGAUGGGCUGACGAGCGUACAGCCUGCCCCUCACAGAAACAGUGCCGAUAGCCCCAAUCCCCAAGAAAAUAAGCCCACCACUUAUUGGCAGCGAAUCGCAUUGAUCACCCGAUCUUCCACCUUGAUUGGAACCGGCUUCAAGCAAUAUUUUUCUCGCCUGUGGUACACCCUACGCGUCUUCAGUUUCCCAGCAGUGCUCUACUCUGGCCUCCAGUGGGGAGCUCAAGACGCAUGGCUCACGUUUUACCUCACGGUGGAAGAAGAUAAUUACUAUGAACCUCCCUGGAACUAUGGGGAUGCCGCUGUUGGCAUCAUGACAGUCCCUACCCUCAUCGGCGCCGUCAUCGGCUGUAUUUACGGUGGAUGGUUCUCUGAUAUCUUCGUUGCGUGGAUGGCCAAACGUAAUGGUGGCAUUUUCGAAGCCGAGCAGCGUCUCUGGCUGAUGUUCCCUGUCGCCAUCAUUGGCCCUGCUGGGCUGAUGCUGUUCGGCAUCGGAUCCGACCUCGGCUGGGACUGGCACAAGACGUACACGGGACUGGGUUUUAUCGGCUUUGGCUGGGGCUGUGCUGGUGACCUCAGCAUGGCAUACCUCAUGGAUGCCUAUCCGGAGAUGGUCCUUGAGGGCAUGGUUGGUGUCUCUGUCAUCAACAACACCAUUGGUUGCAUUUUCACUUUUUCCGCGCAGUACUGGCUGGAUGCCCAGACUCUCACGCAGGUAUACGUUGCUCUGGGAGUUCUGAGCUUCGUCUUUCUGAUGACGACUGCCCCGAUGAUUUACUGGGGCAAGGCCUGUCGGAGGAUGACUCGGAAGCGGUAUGAGAAUUUCCUUCGAAUCCGCGAUGGCCCGACCAACUAG